AGAUGAUGGGGCUGGAGGUAUAUCCAGUUGGAUGUAUCCCUUGUCGUAGCGCUGUGAGAUGCUCUCUUGGCCCCUGUGGUCGAUGGUCACAACGCUGAGCAGUCUCUUCAAAGGCGUGACGUUGCUGCCCUGCGAUAUUCUGGGAAAGCAUGGCGAGCUUGCAAUACGACUAACCGUACUUGAAGACAUGGAGGUGAGGGUGAAUAAAGUCAUCAACUCUACUUGGAUGCUGGCGAACUUUCGUCACAGUAAGUAGCAAGGGUUAAGAUACAGUCUUUUCUUGAUAGGCCUCUUUUUUCACAUCCAUUAGAAGAGCGGAAGAAUAGUAUCAUACAGAGAGCGGACGAGUCUCCCGUGCCGCCAGGGAUUCCAUCCGCCCUCUGUUAGGAGCCAUCGUCAGCAUUGUCAGGGACCCGAGUCGAACCCAGAAGACUUAAGGAACACGAGGAAGAAUAGUCAAACUAUCAGUGAUGUGCUGGAUAUGAUCCUUGCAUU